AUGAAGACAUCACGGUUCUAUAAUAUCGAGCAUUGGAGGCCACCUCAAAUCACCAACCUCCUUAAGUCUCUCAAAACCCUAAACCGUUCAACGGGAGGGUAUAGAUAUGGUAGAGUACAAGAAUUGAUGGACGCACUCACUCGCUAUCACGGCGGGGGGAGCUGCGUUGGACUGACAGCUCGAUACAUUCAGGCACCCACCACAACCACCGUCGAUGAGGAAAUAGUGGAUAUACGUGUGGAGAGGAGACUUGUUCGCUCAGGAUAG